AUGUUUUUAUACUGGAAGAAGGAUGGGAGAGACCUCGUGAUUGUCGGGAUCUACGUUGAUGACUUGCUAGCUACUGGUACGGACGCGGCAGCAGUCGAUCGUUUCUUCGCGAGUCUAGGCAGUCUGUCUAUCAAGGACCUAGGAGCAGUCAACAAGUUCCUAGGAAUGCGAGUGGAGGUUGGCAAUGACGGAGGAUAUGUUAUCGAUCAAGAAGUUGCAAUUAACGACAUCCUAAAAGAUCAUGGUCUCGAAGAUGCAAACUCAACGCGGACCCCCAUCGGUGCAGAUUGUUACGAGAUCCCGACGACAGACAGCGCUCUGCUUGUUAAUGCAGAAGGAGGAGCUCCAAGCAUUCGAAGCUUCCAAUCGCUCGUCGGUAGUCUUCUCUGGGUGUCGAGAUGUACGCGGUCAGACAUUGCAUUUGCCGUCCACAAGGCGACGCGCCAGACGCACCAGCCGCGAGUCCAUGAUUACAAGCUCGCGAAACGCAUCGCGAGGUACUUGAAGGGUACCUGCAGCUUCAAGCUACGGAUGACACCGGCGUCGAGCGCGCGCGAGACAGUGAACUUAGAGUCGUACUUAGACGCGGACUUCGCUGCUGAUAAGCUGGACCGGAAGUCGUUGACGGGCGGGGUCAUCUUCUUGAACGGCAUGGCGGUGAGUUGGACGGCCAAGAAACAAGGCGGCGUCUCUUUAUCCACCAUGGAAGCCGAAUUUGUUGCAGCUUCGGAGCAAACGCGCGAGUUACUUGGGAUCCGAGAGAUGCUGCGCGAAAUUGGGAUGCCACCCGGACUGCCGAUGACGCUAUACAUCGAUAAUCAAGCCGCUAUCAAGCAGCUGGAUGGCGAGGCGUCUUCCUUGAAAGCCAAGCACAUCGAUGUGCGGCUCAAGUUUGUGCGGGACUACUCAAGACGCGAGAUUAUCCAGGCGCAGUACGUCAGGUCUGAAGCCCAGGUUGCUGACCUAAUGACGAAGGCCCUGGAUGCGGCCAAGCUUGCGUCGCUGUGCGAGUUGAUGAGCCUCGGGUAG